AUGGAAAGGUUCCAACUGGUGCCGAACACAUACCAGUGGCUUUAUCCUCAAGCAUCGAAUGCUGUUCCAGUCUUUCCCAUGCAGUUUGCAGAGCCUGAGGACUUCACUGGCUACGGCAUGUCACCGCUCAAAUCUUCAUUUGCAGUGCAGCCGGGGGUGGUCACUGUGCCAGUGCAACGUGUCGUUGUGCCGGGGCCGCAGAUGAUCGUCAAGACCAUCCGCAAGAUGAACCACAACUGGGGAACGAGGAGGCAUGACGACUAUGUCGGACAUGUUUUCAAGGAAUAUCGUCCAUACCCCGCAUGGCGAUCGCAUUGGGGGACGAGGAAGCACCAAGAUUACAUUGAUGAUGUCUAUUCCAAGGGCUACCGGCCUUACCCGCAGUGGAAGCGACAUUGGGGAACGAGAUCGCACGGUGACUUUGUCGACGACGUUUACGGACGACCUUUCGUGUCGUGGGAUAUGCCGUAUGGCGUCAACCCUCCUGAGGUCGCCAGGUUCCCUCAGGACGUCUCUCAUGAGGUGUCGAGGACGGCAAACCUGUCGGCAGCUGGAACGAAUCAGUCGACAUGGCCGCCUGUCGACCUCGGAGUUCGUGCGGGAGAACGCGGGGGAACCUUCAAGGAGGAGUGGAUGGCUCCCAAGGAGUCGACCAAGAUUCCCCUCCGUCGAGGAGAGCAGGGCUCCAACAACUAUCGCAUGUCGUGGAGGGACUACAUCUCGAGCUACGGGGGAGAUCGUUCGGACUUGGACAAAGUUCGUGUGCGGCUGAUGCAGGACGCGCUCGAUCGGUUGAGGAACAAGAUUGAGGUGAGGGGGUUGAAGGAGUCAUCAGGCGGGGACGGGGAGGACAAGGCUGCGGAUGGGCAGUGGGCGUGGCUUCCAGGGAAGACUGAGGAAGAGGCGAACAAGUAUGGAGGCUACUGGGCGAUAGUUCCGGACAAGGACGUCAAGGGGAAAGGGAAGGCGGAACAGCCUGCUGAGUCAACGCAGGGGCGGAAGGAGGACGUGAGAGCGAUGAAGGAGGAUGGAUACUGGGAGGUAGUACCUGACUGA